UCUACGUCCAAUGAGUGUUUUACGAAGCACAACUGUGUACAAUUGAGCAUCAUUGAGACACCUUUCGCAUCGAGGCACUUGGUGCUGCCAUAAACUCCCCUUUAUUGCCAUUGUUUCUUCAACAUAGCCGGCCAAUCUUACAUAGAGACGCCUGCUAUAUUUUCGGUUCACGGUUCACUGUUUUAAAGAUGGAUAUUUCCAGUAGCCACUCGACCCUCACCACUAUUGGUGGAUGGGCGGUCAUUUUGGCGAUCAGCGGAGUUAUCUGGUACCGCAACCAGCAAAAGAAGGCCCAGAGGACCGAUCGUCGUGGCUCCUUUACCAAACAAUCGGGAAAGCAAAACGAUGCCGACUCGAUUAGCGAGACCAAGAAGAAGGCCGAGAAAGCUGCGAAACCCAAACCAAAGCUGAAAGCUCCCGCAACCACGUCGAACGAGACCACUACACCUGCCGUAGAUUUCAACCGAGAAGAGGAUGAAGUUGCCGGAAAGAAAGCUGAUCGGGAAUUUGCUCGUCAAUUGUCCAAUGCUCAUGCAGGAACCAAAUUCAACAACAAGAAGUCUGAUGAGAAGAAGCAGAAGUCUGUCAAACAGUCCAAAGCUCAAGAAAUCCCGGAUGCAUCGGCUGGAAAGGCGUCUGCCCCUUCCUCCCACGCAGGUGAUGCUGAUGAUGACCUAUCGUCUCAAGCCUCUCCUGUCGUUGGAGCUGUUGACAGCCGUGAUGUAUCCGACAUGCUUGAGCCUGCCGCACCUGGCCCUUCCGUCCUCCGUCUUACCAAUGUCGAUGCUGUGAAACCUAAGGAGCGAAAGCAAAAGGCACCCGAAGUUGUGGAGACCAAGAAGCAACGCCAGAACCGAAAGAAGGCUGAGGCUGCGAAGGCUGCUCGUGAAGCAGAAGAAAAAGAGCGAAAGGUUAAGCUGGAGCAACAAAGACGAACUGCUCGCAUUGCUGAGGGACGACCCGCUAAGGACGGCUCGAGCUUCACAGCUAAUGCCCAAAACGCGUGGAAUGAAAAAUCCACCAGCAACAGCAGCACGGUCCAGCCCCUUGACACAUUUGAGCAACCUGCCAAGGCUCAACCCACAAAGACGAGCGCUGUGAGUGCCGGAACCACUAAGGAAAAGUCCGACCCCUGGCUGUCUGGCAUGCCUUCUGAGGAAGAACAAAUGGAGCUACUUCUCCAAGAAGAUUCAUGGAGCGAGGUCAAGACCAAAAAGAAGGGAAAGAAGAAGGAUGCCUCCGCUGAGGCGUCGGCUCCCUCUGGUCCGGCCACCAACGGCGGUAGUGCAACAAGCACCCCUACCGUUAAGGCUCCGGUCAAUGGUACCAAGAAGCCACUUCUUACCAGCAGCAACUCUUCUUUUGCUGCCUUGACUCCCGAGGAGACGGAUGAUAAUGAGGAAGAAGAGAAAGAGUGGGAUGUAUGAAAUAU